GGCAGCGGCGCCCUGGCAACCGGCGCCGCGUCACCGGCGCCAAACAGCCAACCAACCCGCGAGCCCGCCCUCUCCCUCUCUCUCUUUCUCGCGCCGCGCUGGUUUCUCCCGCCUUCCCUCCUCAAAGCGCGCUCCACUUCCGCUCAGGCUCCCUCCUCCUCCUCCUCCCCUUUCGGCGCUUCCGGGAUCCGUGACGUCACGCCGCAAAGCCGUUGGCUCCGUACGGAUACGCGGCUGCGUCGCCGUCUCUAGCGUAGAGGCGUCUCGCGCCGGAGGAGGCGGAGUCGGCGGCGCUGUGUUUCCCCUCACAGGUUGUGGGCGGGAAGGGGGAGGAUCCAAAAUGGCGGCGGCUGUGAGGCAGGAGCUGACCCAGCUCAUGAGCUCGAGCGGCUCCCACAAGGACCUGGCCGGGAAGUGAGCGGCUCCUUUUCCCCCUCCCUUCUCAUAAUGACAUUUCAUAAUGUUGUAUUGUUUUACUGUUGUUAGCCACUCUGAGCCCGGCUUCGGCUGGGGAGGGCGGGAUAUAAAUAAAAUUUUAUUUUAUUAUUUAUUAUUCUCCCUCCCCAUCUCCCGUAGCAGCCAGCGCCGAGUCUGACCGGGGUUGCGGGGUGGAGAGAGGAGGAAGCGGAGCAGGCAGGAGCAUCUCUUGGCUUAGGGAGGCCUGCCCUCCUCUCAGGUCAUGUUCUGGGUCUGCAUGGCGCUGGUUCGGUUCCCUCCGUGUUCUGUUGGGCCUUGUGGAUCUAGGGCGAUCUUUAUGGAAAAGAAGAAGAAGUAGUGUGGGUUAAGAAAAUUAAUCGGUAGCUGUCAACAUUAAUUUGGUAACAGCAACAGCAGUGGUUCCUCGCACCAGUUCCUGGGAUUUUAGCAGAAAUAUAUUCGAACCCGUAGAAACGAGCCAGCGGUGCUUCCCCAUCUAAUUCGAAUCUAUUAUCUAUUUCCGGCAUGGCCAAACCUGGCCCUCCAGCUGUUUUGGGACUACAAUUCCCAUCAUCCCUGACCACUGGUCCAGUUAGCUAGGGAUGAUGGGAGUUGUAGUCCCAAAAAACAGCUGGAGGGCCAAGUUUGGCCAUGCCUGAUCUAUUUAUUCGGUGUGUUUCUAUGCAGCUUUUCAGGUGGACCUUAUAAGAGCAGUUUAUGUAAGAUUAUUACAGCUCUAUGGGGUGUUGGGAGACGGGCUCCUUCUGGGGUUGUUUGUCCAUCUUUGGUCUCCAACCCUGCACUCAGUUCUCACCUGUGGCUCCUAGAUUGGGGGGGGGGGUCUUGUCGUCUGAGUAGCCCAGGACCUCCAAACACACUGCCCAGGCUUACACCCUGUGAGGUCACUUUGGAGCUGCUAAAGCAGUGGUUUGUCUCUCAAGACGGAUGCCAACAACACAGACUUCCAGGAACUGGCCUCUCUUGCAGCUGUAGUUGAAGCUUCCCUCCUCUGUCUUCAAUUUAGUACCCUAAACCACAGGAGAUUGCACUCACAGAGUUGGAAAGGCAGGAUAAUAUGUGAUUAAUGAUGUCGUAAAUACAAGUAUACCCAGCUUUUGCUUGAUGCUGUUUGGCUGUUUUUUUGACUGCUCAUUGUAUCUCAGCAUAAUGAUGUGCAUUCACACUACCUUUUGGAGGACUAAAAGGUAGUCCCUUGCAUAACAUUGUACUCUUGUGUUUGAUUAGAGUUAAUGCAAGAAAAGGUGAAAAGAGGAUGAUAAUCUUCUCUUUCUGCAAAAGGAAUUGUCAAAUUGUGUUCUCAUUUCUAUGACUAGCCAUUUCAUUGCAGUGGGAAAGCACCAGAACUGUUAGAUCUCAGGAUUUCCAUUGAAAUGCAAAGUAUGGCAUGUACAUACUCUAAAAUGGUUUUGAGAAGAAUGGCAUUCUAAAAUACCAUGCGUAUUGUCCUUACAUGCACAAGAUGUAAAGCUAAUUUUAAAAAUACACCAAUUUUUAGCAACAUAGGAAGCUAUAAUAAGUCAGACUGCUAGUCCAUCUAGCUUAGAAGUAGCUCUGUAUUCAAUGACAUUUAAACCUUAACUCUUUUUUUUUUUUACUGCAUUCUGGCAGGUAUCGUCAGAUAUUGGAAAAAGCAAUUCAGCUCUCAGGAGUGGAACAAUUAGAGGCAUUAAAAGCCUUUGUAGAAGCAAGUGAGUUUAAUUAUCAGUUUUCAUGAAUUGUUGAAUGACAGCUUUGUAAGUAUUUAAUUGCAAUCGGAAAAAAUGAAUGGCCUUAGAAAUCUUUGUACAUUGAAACAGGCAUCAAUAUAGCACUGGGGAUUUGGUAGGGGAAAGGUUGAGGUGUCGUUUUUAAGCAUGAAUACUUUGACAUAAAUUUCAUCAAAAUCAGUGGGAUAUUCUGAAUAAACAUUUCUAGGCUGUAGGAGGGUUGUUAUCUCAUAAUCCUGUUAUCCAAGGUUAUGGUCUCUGCAAAAUGUUAAUAAUUAUUUUGGCAUCCGAUCAUAAAACUGUGCUGUGGUGAAACAAUGAAUGGGUUGUGCCCGUGGAGGGGCAGCAUCCCCCCCCCCACUUCUGUGCCAUGCAACUCAUAUUCCACAUUUCACAAUGGUGACUCCGAGCCUUUUCAUUAUGAUAGCACAGCAACUGAGUUGCAAACAGAUGCUAUGUCAGUGUAACAGUUUUAUGCCCAGGCUCUUAUGAGCUGGUACAGAUGCCUAAAAGUUUGAGUUGGAAACAGGGGCCUUAACAAUGGUUAUAGACUGAAUGCUCACUAAAAUGACAGGCCUAACGACAACGUAUAGCCUGACUUUCUUUCCACCUUGUGUCUCUUAAACCAGUGGUCAAUGAAAACGUCAGUUUAGUGAUUUCACGCCAGUUGUUGACAGACUUCUGUACCCAUCUUCCAAGUCUUCCUGAUGGCACAGCCAAAGAAAUCUACCAUUUCACCUUGGAAAAGAUCCAACCUCGUGUAAUUUCAUUUGAGGAGCAGGUAAGAGCAAGAUGGUGAUCAAAUUUCAAUCCCAACCUUCCUCCCAAAGGAGCCCAGGGCAGGAAACAUCAAAGUGAUUUAAAAAUACAAUUAAAAAUAAAAUAAAAACAUUUUCAAACAUGUGAAACAGACACAUGCCCUCCGCUAAUAAGGUUGUCAAAAACAGUACGUUUCAAAUGCCUGGGUAAACAACUAUUUAAAUUCCUCCAAAAGGAAACAUAAUUUAAAAGACAGAAACACCUCACCAGGAAGGACAUCCCAAAGAUGGGUAAUUGUCUCCAAGAAGGCUCUGGCAAACCAGUCAGAUAAAGAGAAGAGUAUAUUGAAAUAUUUUCAGUACAGUGGUACCUCGGUUUACAAACUUAAUCCAUUCUGGAAGUCCGUUCUUAAACCGAAACCAUUCUUAAACCGAGGCACGCUUUCCCUAAUGAGGCCUUCCGCCGCCAGUGCCCUUCCACCAUUCGGAUUCCAUUCUUAGACUGAGGUAAAGUUUGCAAACUGGGACACUACUUCCGGUUUUGCAGAGUUCUUAAACCGAAUCGUUCUUAAACAGGACUGUUCUAAAACUGAGGUACCACUGUACUGUACUCUAAAAUAUAAUAGAUAUCACUGGCAUAUGAUAAGCCUUGCCAAAAGGACAGCAAGGAAAAGAUGCCCCAAGUCAAUUUGUUCCAAUAAUGAAUACAGACUAUUCAGUUUUGUUCAUCCUGGCAUACUUUGCUAACUUUAUUAAAACAGUCAUUAAUUGAAGGUAGCUUUGUUUGCCCUGUAGUUUCCUGCAGCUUGUAAAAUUUGUACCAAAUUCUUGUAAAAUUUGUACCAAAUUCUACACCACAAAUUUCGCUUCUACCCUGGAAUAACUCAAAACAAAAAUCACUACGCUUCUUGGCAGUUUGUAUCCUAAUACAUCCCUCAUAUGCAUUUGAUUGAGAAGUAUAUUUAAAGAUAUUGUAGAUCACGUAAAAUCAGAUUAUCAUUGUCAAAUGGGCAAAAGGAAACAGAUAAUAUAAAGGAUAUUAGAAAGCGGAUCAAUUUGAUAACUUGAUUGCAUUAUAAUUUUAUGUCCUCAUUCUUCCCAGGUUGCUUCUAUAAGACAACAUCUUGCAUCAAUUUAUGAGAAAGAAGAAGACUGGCGGAAUGCAGCACAAGUAUUGGUGGGGAUUCCUUUGGAAACAGGACAGAAGUAAAUAGUUGUUAGAAAACCUGACAUUUUUUCUUCAUACAUUGUAUAUCCUUUUGUAGUACAAAUGCUUCAUUGGGUAUAUUCUGGAUCUGUUUCCUUGACUUUUCAAUAGCUUUGGCUUCUCUGAUUGUUCUGUGACAGUUGCACAUACUACAGUGGUGCCUCGCAAGACGAAAUUAAUUCGUUCCGCGAGUUUUGUCGUCUUGCGAUUUUUUUCGUCUUGCGAAGCACGGUGUCGGGAAAGUUUUGGAAAAGCUUCAAAAAUCACCAAAGUCUUUAAAAACCUCAAAAAGGCUACCACACCACGUUCUAUGAGUUGCUCCUCGAAGUCAAGUCGCAACUGUAUUAACGGUGUUAAGAAAAGGAAACAAACUUGCAAGACGUUUCCGUCUUGCGAAGCAAGCCCAUAGGGAAAAUCGUCUUGCGAAGCAGCUCAAAAAACAAAAAACCCUUUCGUCUAGCGAGUUUUUUGUCUUGCGAGGCAUUCGUCUUGCGAGGUACCACUGUAUUUUGAUAGAUCAGUGAUCCACCUGGAAACUUUUUCUGUGGGGAACUCAUAACCCUUUGGUGCUGCUCAUGUUGCAGUUAUAAUCUUUAGAGCACAGUCCUAUUUUUGGUUUCAGCAACCUCUACUUUUUUUUUUUUCCCCCCACUUAUUUUUAUUUUUGAUUUCGAUCCAAGUGUCUUCUGUGGAGCAGUGCAUAGAGUUGAGCUGUUUUUUUUCCUUACAAGAGACUGCCAUGGACCUUGUUGCUAGCUUCCAUCAAAUAGUGUAUUGCAUUAUGAUGAGUAGUCAACGUGCCCUACAAGUUUUAGGACUACAAGUCCCAUAAUCCCUGAGGGUUGAUGGGAAUUGUCGUCCACAGCAUAUAGAAGGGCCCCACAUUGAAUGCAUUUGCAUUAAGACAGUGGGUGGUAUUAAAGCAGACCUACUGACAUUAAUGGGCCUAAAUUAGUUGUGCCCAUUUUAAUAGUCUACUGUGAGUAAAGCCUUAUGACUAUUACCAUUCAAAAUUAACCAAUAAAUUACAUUUCCAUACCCUCUUGCGGGGGGGUUGCCAUUGAGUAUCCUGCUUCUCCAUUUCUCUGGGGAGACACAGCCUAUCCUUCCUUUCAGCCAGAGUUGGCUGGUGGCAAACAUUAUACAGCGUGUAGUAUUACUGUAAGUAUGUUUGCAAAACUCUUAUGAUGCAAAUGAACCGAGGUUUCAAUAGUGUAUUUUUUUCCCUUUCUAUUCAAGGCAAUACAAUGUAGAUUAUAAAUUGGAGACUUACCUAAAAAUUGCCCGACUAUACCUGGAGGACGACGAUCCCGUUCAGGCUGAGGCUUACAUCAACAGAGCAUCUCUUCUUCAGAAUGAAUCAACCAAUGAACAGUUACAAAUUCACUAUAAGGUGAAAUACUAACAUUCUUGUUUUGAGUGAAAUGAAAUAACAUAUUGCUUAAAAGUUUUAUCAUUAUAUUUUUGCAUAUACAUCUGUUCCUCACUUGCUGACCUCAAGGUUGCUACCCUUGUAGUUGCAAAUCAGGAUAAAUAAAAAGUGAGGCCAUCUGUUAACUAAAUGUCAUCUUCAAACUCUGCAAUUUUCACCAUUUUAUUAUGUGAAAUCUGAUUAUAGUCUCCAUAUGCUUUUUUAAGUUAUCAGCUUAAAUGAUGAGGAAGGCAUUUACAGCUUUGAGAUUUCAUACUAUGCCCACAACAUAUUUGGAUGGGAGAUAGCCAUAGUAUCUGUAAAUCACUGGGGCUAGGGAGAGAUGGAAAGCAUUGUUCAUUACAUACUAUAUUGCUCCCUGUAUAAUUCUCCUAGGGAUACAUUUCUCAAAGGACUUCUUCAGAGAAUUCCCUUCCUGAAUAGUAGGGAGGACAUUCAUUAUUUGUUGGUGGAUGGGGAUAAACAGACUACCUGAACGGCGCCCAUGUUUGCCUUAGCAGCCCAUUGGAUUAAAGAGAAUUUCAUUAUGUAACAUGGGAUCCCGUCUGGUGGUGACCACUUACACUAAAAUGUACUCCAGUACAGUUCAUAUUAAGGAUGCGGAUGGUGCUGUGUGUUAAACCACAGAGCCUUGGGCUUGCCAAUCAGAAGGUCGGCGGUUCGAAUUCCCGUGACGGGGUGAGCUCCUGUUGCUCGAUCCCUGCUCCUGCCAACCUAGCAGUUCGAAAGCACAAAGUGCAAGUAGAUAAAUAGGUACCGCUCCGGCAGGAAGGUAAACGGCGUUUCCGUGCGCUGCUCUGGUUCGCCAGAAGCGGCUUAGUCAUGCUGGCCACAUGACCCGGAAGCUGUACUCCGGCUCCCUCGGCCAAUAAAGCGAGAUGAGCGCCACAACCCCAGAGUUGGUCACGACUGGACCUAAUGGUCAGGGGUCCCUUUACCUUUACAGUUCAUAUUACUGCAUUUUUGUGAUGACCAGUGGUGUUUAAUGCCUGACUGGAAGGCCAAACAGUUGAAAGCACACAAUAACCUAGUUCUUGUGUGACUUUUCUAUGAUUUGAACAUGUAACUCCUAGAUUGCAAGUCAUUCCAUGCUCUGUACCCCUCCAGGCUCUACCUAGUUUUUCCAAGGGCCCCUUUGGUGGAGCAGUGAGCUUGAUGCACCCAACUCCCCAAAGUGUCCUGCUUCAAAGUCCCAACACCACAACCUCUACUCUUUUCACAUCCCUCUUGAACUGACAGGUUAUUUGGAGUAGGGGCUGUGGUCCUGCUACUUCCCGAGAUACAGAUUUGGCCUACCAGUUGCUAUCCUCUCAUCCUCUCAUUCCCCCUCCUUUGGUAAUUCUUCACAGAACUCUAGCCCAAUGGUUGCCAUCAAUUUGAUUUGAACUCAUUUUAUAAUGAAUUGAUUUUAGAAUGCUGUAUUAUUUUACAGUUGUUAGCCGCUCUGAGCCCAGCUUUGGCUGGGGAGGGCGGGAUAUAAAUAAAUUAUUAUUAUUAGUUAUUAUUAUUAUUAUUAUUCUGACCUGUAGUAUGAAAAUUGAUGGUCAGUUGCAUGAAAAGUGGGAACCCUCAAAUAUUAUUACUGGAUUUAAUAGGUAACAUAGUGAGCAACUGUAUGGUUUUUUUUCCUGUUUCAGGUGUGCUAUGCUCGCGUUCUUGACUACCGAAGGAAGUUCAUUGAAGCUGCCCAGAGGUAUAAUGAGCUUUCUUACAAGAGCAUAGUCCACGAAAGUGAGAGACUUGAGGCACUGAAACAUGCCUUGCAUUGCACAAUCUUGGCAUCAGCAGGUAAAGCAACACUUGAUGGCUGACUUCUAUAUAUGCAAUUUUCAUUUUAGUCUUUGGGAUUAUAUAUAUGAUCCUGUUCUGCAAGGGGUGGGGGAGCUCUACUCUAAAGCAGUAUGCAUGUUAUGCUUCCAUAAAACAAAACUUCUGCAUAAGCUGCCACAGGUUGUCUGCCCUGCGUCACUGGAAUGUUUCAUGUACGGUUUCAUGUUAAUGAUUAUGAUUACUGAAACCAAAUCAUCUUGGUGGUGUAGCAUUCUAGAAGCAGAAAUUGCAGUUUGUUUCCAUAGAAUGGAUCUAGCUGCUAAAGCAAUCUGCACCUAGCAGGUAUAAUUUGAAAAGUCAUCAAGUAUUAACAGUUGAGUGCUGUGGGCAGGCAGGAAGAAAUUGGCCAUUUGCUACUGGCUCGCAAAAAGGCAGCUGAGAAAAUGCUUUGAAAUAGAAGUGAACAGUAUUGAAUUGAGAUGUCCCAGUUCACGGUAUUCUUACUAUUUUUCAGGACAGCAGCGUUCCCGUAUGCUAGCUACUCUCUUCAAGGAUGAAAGAUGCCAGCAGCUUGCGGCCUAUGGGAUACUGGAGAAAAUGUAUCUAGACAGAAUUAUCAGAGGGAACCAAUUGCAAGAAUUUGCUGCAAUGCUCAUGCCACACCAAAAAGCAACAACAGCUGAUGGUACUUGGGUCUCUUAAAGUGCGGGUGUACCCUGUUCUGAUGGGCACUCAGACAUUGUUCCUUUCUGUAUAUACCCUUUCAAAAUGAGCAUUGUUGCACUUUGGGUCAGCUUUAGUAAUCAUUUACAUUGGGUCUUUAUAUCCUUUUAUACUCCAGUGUUUGGCACAAAUAACCUAGUUCCAUGAAAUUUCCAAUCCAUUGUUUCCUAAAAUAUGGUAUGUGUAUCCCUGGUCAUACAUGAAAGUUUUCAAAGUGUACACAGUAGAAUUUUUAAAUUUUACUUCAUGUUUUCUGCAGUUAAAAAAAGCUAAUUCAAAGAUAAAGUAGUAUUAUUUUCAACCAAGAAGGAGUACUCCAGUAAGAUAGAACACUUAAAAGGGGCAUGCAAUUAUUGUCAGUUUGGGAAACGCUGCUCUAAUCUCCUUAGCCAUCAUGUAGUACUUUGGGCUUCCAUCAACAUUUAGACUGAAAUUUCCUUUCUGUAAGCUUGACAAAGAUGCAAAAAAAUAUUACUCUUAGUUAAGCAGGUUUAUAUCCUGUUCAGCACAAUGAUUUAAAGCCAAUAAAUCAUAUUAUGAAAGUUAUGAUAAUAUCAUAAUAAUGUAAGUCAAUUUCUUUUCUACCUUUAUUACGGAGCAGUAUUGAUGGAACAGAAAUUGAGGACUGCAUAUGCUACAUACAGGUUUUUUAAAUUAUAUUUGACUUGUAGCCAAAUACAUGCAGAAUUUCAAACUCCUAAUACAUUGUCAGUUUCUAUUUCAGGUUCUAGUAUUUUGGACAGAGCUGUCAUUGAGCAUAAUUUAUUAUCUGCAAGCAAACUGUAUAAUAAUAUUACCUUUGAAGAACUUGGAGCAUUAUUAGAAAUUCCUGCAGCCAAGGUAUAUAGACUUGUGUACUGUUUGCUUUUGUUUUGUUCAAACUAAGCUAGUUUUAAUAACGUCUAGUUUGAUGAAGAACUAGUUCGCUCUUCUGCUUAAAGCAGAUGCGUUCAAAAAGAAAGGAACAAAAAAUGAUUGAUGCUGGUAUAAGAUGAUGAUUUAUUAAAUUUCUAUACUGUCUGUAAGGGAUGCAGGUGGCGCUGUGGGUUAAACCACAGUAUAAUCAACAGUUGCAAAGGUCUCCUGCACAAUAAAUUGACAUAUAUAACUUUUUUCUACCACCGACACACCUAUGUACAUAUACAUGUGGCAAAAACCAUAUCAAGAGUGGGCUUCUGUUUAUUAAAAGUAGAUGUCCUUUUGGGUUUUGUUUUUCAGGCGGAAAAGAUAGCAUCCCAGAUGAUAACAGAGGGUCGCAUGAAUGGAUUUAUUGAUCAGAUAGAUGGAAUUGUUCACUUUGAAAGUAAGUUAAGCUCUAGCUUGUUGUUCUUGCUUUAGGUGCGGUUGAAGCACAUGUAAUGCAAAAGCAAAAUAUUUUAGCCUGGUGUACAAUCAACAUGGGGCCUAGGGCAUGCCGAUCAGAAGGUCAGUGGUUCGAAUCCCUGCAACAGGGUGAGCUCCCGUUGCUCGGUCCAAGCUCCUGCCAACCUAGCAGUUUGAAAGCACGUUAAAGUGCAAGUAGAUAAAUAGGUACUGCUUCGGCGGGAAGGUAAACGGCAUUUCCGUGCGCUGCUCUGGUUCGCCAGAAGUGGCUUAGUCAUGCUGGUCACAUGACCCGGAAGCUGUACGCCGGCUCCCUCGGCCAAUAAAGCAAGAUGAGCGCCCAACCCCAGAGUCGUCUGCGACUGGACCUAAUGGUCAGGGGUCCCUUUUACAAUCAACAUAUGACAAAGUGGUAAUUCUCGCUGUAGCCACCAGAUGGUAGUAGUGUCCGUGCAAUAGUUUGAAUUCCUGUAUUCCAAAAUACCUGUAUCUGCAGACCUGGUAACAGAAAAUUUGCUUAUGCAUCAAACGAAUAAUGGCAGGAAAUUUAAUAGAAACAAGCAAUGAAUGCAAGAAUGAAUUCGUCUAUUGUCUUUUAGCUCGUGAAGCCUUGCCGACGUGGGACAAACAGAUUCAGUCUCUCUGCUUCCAAGUUAACAACCUUUUGGAGAAGAUUAGUCAGACUGCCCCAGAAUGGACAGCACAGGCAAUGGAAGCUCAGAUGGCUCAGUAGACUUUCAUUUCCCCCGUUCUGUAGAUAUUGUUUGUUUAUUUUCAUCUAAAAAUGUGAAGCUAGCAUAAGAACUUAUGGCUUUGGCUCAACUUCUGCUAGAACCCUAACUAGACAAAGGUGUAGAUGUGUGUACAUUAUGUUUAAAACCCCAAAGGUUUAUCUUAAAGGUAUGGUAGUACAACAUAGACAUUAAGCUGUUUAAAAAAUAACUGAAUGGAAUACAAGAUGUUUUUUAAGUUUUGCAUUAAAAUUUCAGUUGUUUCGUGGCCUUGUGAAUAUUUGUGUGUGUGCGUUGAAAACUGAAGUGCCAUAUUCUAUUUAGCUGUAGUUAUUCCAAUAAAGGCAGGCUAGAAGUUAAUCAGAUUCACUAUCUUCAGUUGUCAUUUGCUGCAUCCUAUCCUCCUAUCCUAUCCUAUCCUAUCCUAUCCCGGGUUGCGCUGUGGGUAAAACCUCAGUGCCUAGGACUUGCCGAUCGCAUAGUCGGCGGUUCGAAUCCCCGCGGCGGGGUGAGCUCCCGUCUUUCGGUCCCAGCUCCUGCCCACCUAGCAGUUCGAAAGCACCCUUAAGUGCAAGUAGAUAAAUAGGUACCGCUUUAUAGCGGGAAGGUAAACGGCGUUUCCGUGUGCUGUGCUGGUGCUGGCUCGCCAGAGCAGCUUCGUCACGCUGGCCACGUGACCCAGAAGUGUCUCCGGACAGCGCUGGCUCCUGGCCUCUUAAGUGAGAUGAGCGCACAACCCUAGAGUCGGACACGACUGGCCCAUACGGGCAGGGGUACCUUUACCUUUUAUCCUCCCCACAGAACUUCCAUCAGGAUAAUUGAUUUCUUGUGUUGAAUUUACACUCGGAGGAGCUGUUUGUUAAACCUUUGAAGGCUUUCAUCCUUUGUUUAUUAUAUGUAUAUAUAGCCUCUCCGUAUACAGAGCAAAGAGAAAACUAGUACAAGGAAGUUGCCAUCCACUCUAGCCAAAUAUGUGUGGAUGGGAGUGGAUCUGGCCCCUAAACCUGUAUGAGCAAUGUCUAGUGAAACUAAGAGAUAAGGGGAGAGGAAUAGUUAUAGUGGGAAAACGUUUAUUGACAUCAGUUAUGCAAAAACCAUGUAAAUCAAUAUAGUUCAUGUGAAUCUUAGAACUUGGCUAUCCUGGGUCAAACCACAGAGCCUAGGACUUGCCGAUCAGAAGGUCGGUGGUUCGAAUCCCCGCGAUGGGGUGAGCUCCCAUCACUCGGUCCCUGCUCCUGCCAACCUAGCAGUUCGAAAGCACAAAGUGCAAGUAGAUAAAUAGGUACCGCUCCGGCGGGAAGGUAAACAGCGUUUCCGUGUGCUGCUCUAGUUCGCCAGAAGUGGCUUAGUCAUGCUGGCCACAUGACCCGGAAGCUGUAUGCCGGCUCCCUCGGCCAAUAAAGCGAGAUGAGCUCCGCAACCCCAGAGUCGGCCUGGACCCAAUGGUCAGGGGUCCCUUUACCUUUAUCCCAAUGCAUAAUUUUGAGUUUUCAUACAAUUUGGGUAUUCAGGUAUGAUCAGGGUAUUCAGCUUCAUAUGAGAACCCUAUACUACCCCUUCUCAGGUGUCCUCUUAGUUUACUAUAAAGAAAAGAAUUAAUUCUUUCUCUUCUCUCCCCAUCUCAAAUUUAUAAUGGUAGUUUUAUGUUCUUGGGGUGUAACCAGAGACAGGAAGUGCAGAUGAGAAUCUCACAGACACACAGCAUUCAAAGCUAGUUUAUUCUGAUCUUAUGUUUAUAUUCUUCCAAAAGGCCAUUUUAAGGUUCACCAUGUAGUUACUGGAUGAUAUGAAAUUGUGGUGUCCCACUUGUUCAGAAAACUUCCACAUAUACAAAUGGGCUUCGGCUUCUUUGUCCCAGUCCCCUCCACGCACCCCAAAAAGAGAGAGUUGGAAAAGGAUUUAUAGCAGAUUUCCUGUUUAUUCAGAUGGUCACAUUCUAGAGAGAUGGAACAAGUCAAAUAAUAUCCCAAUCUUCUUGGAGGUAUUGCAGACUUUCAAGAUCCACAGAACUCUUCAUAGAGCUAAAUUAGUAUUUAGAGCAUGAAGAGUUAGAAAAGGUGGCUGUGUGUGAACUUCAUGUUUUACUCUGCAAGACGUGUGUUAGGGUGAAGAUCAAGAAAAACAUCUUUUACACAUGCGCUGUUGGUACUUAAUUGACAUAACUGAAUCAAGAAAUCAGAAGGUGAGACAAGCACAAAAGGGAACACCUACUACUAUGAUUUGGAAAGACUGCUGUUGCUCCUUAUACACUAAUUCAAAUACAUGCAGGUGUGGAAUAAUUGGAAGGGCAAGAAACUGGAUUAACAGCUAAAAAGCACUUAGAUUUGUAUAAGCCCACAGGUUACCUGUGUGAUUUUAGAAGCUUUUUGAAAAAUUCACAUUACCGCUUAACAUGAGCAACAACUAAAUUGAACUAUAAAUGCCAUCAAAAUUCUCAACUUCCCUAAAAGAUUCCUUGUUCACGCCUUCUAUUGAUGUCUCUCUUGAGUUGGCAAAGGGCACAUUGAGGGUAACACCAGAGAGUGCAGUAGUCAUCGCAGAUGGAUCCCUGUUAAAAAGAAAUGAGGCAAAUAGUAGAUAAUAUUUGG